UGUGAGUUUCCGCCGGGCGGCCCCUGGCGGACGGAAGUGCUUGCUGUUGUUGCCGGAAGUGGGGAGAGAGGGGGGCUGUGAUGGCGGCUGCGACCGAGGCAGAGAAGGUGCUGGUGGACGGCGCGGAGGAGGGGCCCCUCACGGCAGCGGAGGAGCUAGCUGCCCAGAAGCGCGAACAGAGGCUGCGCAAAUUCCGGGAGCUGCACCUGAAGCGGAAUGAAGCUCGUAAAUUAAAUCACCAGGAAGUUGUAGAAGAAGAUAAAAGACUUAAGUUACCUGCAAAUUGGGAAGCCAAAAAAGCUCGUUUGGAAUGGGAACUACAGGAAGAAGAAAAGAAAAAGGAAUGUGCAGCUAGAGGGGAAGACUAUGAGAAAGUGAAGCUGCUAGAGAUCAGUGCUGAAGAUGCCGAGAGAUGGGAGAGGAAGAAGAAGAGGAAAAACCCUGACCUAGGUUUUUCAGAUUAUGCUGCUGCCCAGUUACGCCAAUAUCAUCGGUUGACCAAACAGAUCAAACCUGACAUGGAAAUGUAUGAGAGACUGAGAGAAAAACAUGGAGAAGAGUUUUUCCCAACAUCCAACAGUCUUCUUCAUGGAACACAUGUGCCUUCCGCAGAAGAAAUUGAUAGGAUGGUUAUAGAUCUGGAAAAACAAAUUGAUAAACGAGACAAAUACAGCCGAAGACGUCCUUAUAACGAUGAUGCGGAUAUCGACUACAUUAACGAAAGGAAUGCCAAGUUCAACAAGAAAGCAGAGAGGUUCUAUGGAAAAUACACAGCCGAGAUUAAACAGAAUUUGGAAAGAGGAACAGCCGUUUAAUCCCUUUAGGAACUGUUUAGAAGCUUGAGAAUGGAGUGAAAAUGUGUGCUAGCAAACGGAAGUUCCGUGUGAAGUGUUAUCAGCUAACCAGCAUUUGUGUCUCGGUCUGUGCCCUCCCACACAGCAUUUAGAAAUAAAUGUUUUUUCUUAAACUUACACUUCCAUGUAUAUUUCCACGUUUUGUGCUUGGAUAUAAGACGUAUUUCUUGUAGUAAGGUCGUUUUGUAAAAACUGCUUUGUAUAAAUUCUAUUAUUUUUCUAUGUAUUUUAAAUGUGAUUGAUCUUUAAAGCAGCAGGGCUGAGACAGCCGGCGCAUACGCAAACGGCGGCAUUCGCUCAUGUAGUCGCCGUUGCCUUGAAUGUGGUUACGGAUCUGACGGAAUCGGGAGCUGGACUCAGGAGCCAUUUGGGGCUCGUGACUCUGCAGCUGGUGACAGUGAGGGAGGGACGCAGUAGCUUCUGGGGGCCUGUGUAGUCUCUGCCCGUGGCUGCAGGCGACCAAGUUCAGGGAGGAGCUGGUCUGUCUUCCCAUGAAUAAUGACAAUGUACAGUUCCCUUUUUAAGAAGCAAUAAAAUGCUUUGGAGUAGAAUCCCUAUUA